AUGGGCCUUGGCUGCCAAUUUGACGAUCUGGUCACAGAUUUCACCAGGUGCAACGGCUCGAAACCAUGUACUACGUGUAUGAAGAGGAGCCUGGUUUGUACCUACACGCCAAACCAUAGCUCCGACCAGACUCCUCCAGACCAAUUAGCAUCUCCCUCGAAACGUCGCAAUAUCGAAGAGCUCCCCUCCAGCAAGCCAGCUGUCCCAGAUACUGGGCUCGCGUCAGAGAGCCCUGCGGCGGCUCCUCCACCCUGGGAGCCGAAGCUCAAGCCACCGCCAACUGAUGAUAAGCUAGCUGUCGGCUUUGAUAUAAAGCCUUCCAUAGAGAAAGACCAUGAGCCAACAACCGGAGAGAGGGAGUUUGACAUUCGCUCUAGACACAGCACGGCUUCAGGGCCAGACGAAGAGACCUCGCUCAUUCAGUCUACUAGAAUGUUACAAGACCCAACGGGCAGGCUUCUUUAUGUUGGCGACUCGGCGUCACUGGCAUACUUGCAACUUAUCAGGAUGAUUGUGGAAGCCAGCACUGGGCCCAGCGACUUUACAUUGGACCCAAGUCGCCAUAAGAUCAUGGAGGCCACUAUUGCCAUGCCAGCAAACAUACGACCCCCACACAUAUUACCCGACAGGGACACGGCCAACGCGCUGGUUGAGUCGUUCUUCACCAAUACUCAUGGCCUAAUUGAGGUUUUCAAUAGGCCUGCAUUUGAGAAGUCACUGGAAGCCUGCUACUCGGACCCCCUUGCUGCACACUCAUCCUUUCUCUGUCUUUUGUACUUGACUUUUGCGAUCGGCAUGGUCCUCGCGACACCCCUCCCUAAUAGUAAGGGAGACGCAAUUUUCAAAAAGCUCAGGUCAAAUCAGUUCGACCGGGCAGAACUUUUCUUUAGGAGCGCGAAAGCUCUGGGUGAUCCUAUAUCAGGAUUUGAGGACGCAGAUUUCUGGUCGGUGCAGGCUUUAUCGCUGAUGGCUGUAUAUAUGCUUGCCGUGUCCAAGCGAAACGCCGCGUACGCCUACUUCGGAAUGGCCGUUCGCUCUGGCUUCGCUCUUGGUCUGCACAGAGUUCACGAAAACCACUUCAUCUUCAAGAGUGAAGAGGUUAGGUUACGUCGGAACCUGUGGAGAAGCUUGUUUGUGCUGGAUCGUUUUCUAGCCGCUUCGCUCGGCCGUCCCGUGGCGAUCGAUGAAGAAGAAUGCUCCAGCGACGCGCUUUUGGUGUUCGAAAAAACUCCCGAAGGAGAACUGUUGCGGGUGAAAAGCCCCAACGAUGGGCUCGAUGCCGCUGUCCGAUCUUGUCGCAUCAUUGGCCAAAUCCUGAAGAAGAUAUAUGCACGCCGGCGGAUUUCUGUCCGCCUAACAUCCGAGAUUUGGGAGCAAUGCAGUACCUGGCAUUCGUCACUCAGCGCCGACCUAUCUUCAAGACAGGUGGCUGCCGACCCGAAUAGCCCGUCGCAGGGCAUCGCUGCCCUUCAUGUUAAUCUUCUCUACUGCCACUCUAUCAUCUUACUAACUCGGCCGUUCUUCAUUUGUCUUCUGAGUAAGGUGCACAACGAACGUAGUGGCCUUGCUUUACCUGUUCCACGGUGGAUUAAUCGCAUGUCAAGAUAUUGCGAGGCAUGUCUAAGCGCAGCCAACCAGACAAUCGUUCUGGUGCAACGGGCAUUCGAGAGCAACUACCUUCCGCAGCGCAACCCAUUUGUCCUUUACUUCUUGUUUGCAGCCUCUCUCAUCGUUCUAAGCAAUGAAUUUGCAGCGAUAUAUCCCAAUCCAAGUUACGUAACGUCGAUAUCAAAUACCAUCUCUAUCAUGAAUUACUGCGCAACCAGCGAUCCGCAGGCCAACAGGCUUCUUUUCAUUCUCACUUCAUUCCGAAAUGUCAUUUUUGAGUUGCGGUCAAAGAAGCCGGAGCAGCCAGCCAUGCCCGCUCCUCAGACAAUGUCGCCGACUGCUCUUCACGACCCAAUCGGCAGUCUGUUCAAUAGAGCGGGCAUGUCGCGCAAGAACUCCUUCGCCACCAACGCUACCUCAGGGCCCUCGUCUACAACGGUCAAGGCAAUGGCUCCACCCCCAUUGUCGAUGAAGACGGAACACAACUUCUCCUCAGCCGCCGGGCCCUCUGCUGGCGUUUCGCCGGCGGGCAGCACCCCCGGCAUGUCUCACUCUGGAGGAGAGUUGAGUGCGAGAAUGGGUGAUUCGGAUAUGGGCGAUGAUGAGCUGCCUUUCGACUCAAUGUGGGCUUUCGGAGCUGGCCCUGGUCCUGCCAGCGGGUCUUUGACAGCGGGAACAGGUGUACCUGGAGGAACCGCGAUGACUACGGCAGUGGGAACAGUAGUUCCCGGCCAGGAAUACCCAGUCCAAGGCCACGGACCUCGGUAUCAGGGCUUUGCGAACUACAUCGUACCAGGCGGCCCUAAUGGAAACCCUGGCGCUCCUGCCGCUGGUGGUGGAGCUUACAUGGCUACUUCAAGCGUUCCAAUGUACGUUCCGGCGGAAUAUUCAUGA